AUGGCAGCUGUAAUCGGUGACUUCGUCUCUGAUCCCUCCCGUUUCCACACUAUGAUUGCCUCCUCCGGCAUUUCGCACCAGCACUCGCACGAUUCCCAUUGUCGAUCCGCCAGUCGAUCGAGAGACGUGCCCGCCGCUCAUCACUCCACGAGCCCAAGAUACCAGCAUUCUACCAGUACUCCACCUACGCGCCAGAAGCGGCCCGACUGGGACUCCGCCGCCGAGAAGCACGCACCACCUAGUGGAGGAGCGUCUCGCUUCCCUUCGCCCCCGUCCUCCUCAUCGCCCACCCGAGCGAGGCCUCAGCAUGCCGAUAGCCCCGCAUACAUGGCGACCGACUCUCGCGACGCCGGCCAUGCUGCUGCCACGUUGGCUACAGAGAAGGCCGCCUCGGCGCUGCCCCAUCAGCAGCAGCAACCGUCGCCCGCGUCCGACGGCAACGGCGCAGCCGAUGCCCCGGCCUCAUACACCCUUUCCGACAGCUCGUCUCCUCGCCAGCAACCUCAAGGCCAAACUAUCCAUAUACGCGAUCUGGCCCAUAUUCAAAGUCUUGCCAAGGCAGACCUUUUAUCGGGUAACGGACCCGGCAUACUCAACGAUCCGCCUCUGCAAGCGAUGAAGUACGAGAUCAGUGCCAUGCCCAUUGGCGACAUCAUUGAGAUGGUUGCUGCGUUGCUCACUAAGAUCACAACUACCAAUGACUUGCAACAUGACGCCAUGCAGCGUAAUGUCGCGCACCAGCAACAAGCAAACCAGAACAACGAGUCGGGCAACGGUUCGCAGAUGAGCCCUUUGAGCACCUCGGUGCUGGCAUUCCACGGCAAGAACAUUCCCGCCAUCACCAUUCUCAGCUACCUGUCCCGCAUUCACAAGUACUGCCCCACCACGUACGAGGUCUUCCUGAGCUUGCUGGUAUACUUUGACCGCAUGACGGAACGCGUCAACGAAAUGGUCGUCAAGCAUGAGGAGGCACGGAGAAGUUCGAUUUCACAGCCAACACCCAAGUCGCAGCCGGCCGACGUCCACAUGCGAGACGAGGACGACGACGACGACGACGAGGACCUUGCCGACGACGACGACAUGGACGAGAAGAGUACAAAGCCGAGUGAGAGUACCGGAAGCAUCGCGCCCCAGCCAACUACUCCGGGCGCCCCGGCGACGUACUUUGUGGUCGAUAGCUUCAACAUCCACCGACUGGUUAUUGCGGGAGUGACAUGUGCGAGCAAAUUCUUCUCGGACGUCUUCUACACCAACUCCAGAUAUGCUAAGGUUGGCGGACUCCCAUUGGCGGAACUGAACCAUCUCGAGCUCCAGUUUCUCCUAUUGAACGAUUUCCGGCUUGCAGUCCCUGUUGAGGACCUUGAGGCAUACGGUACCAUGCUGGUGGAGUUCUAUGCACGAGAGGUGGUGGCUCAAAGGUCACGUCCUACAGCCGGCGGCGAUUCCUAA